GCGCGGCUUUGGUACGGCAGCACGGGAGGAUGUCGGGAUAAAAAGUAAGCCGCGCUGGGUAGAAAGUUUCGGGAAGAGCAGGAGGGAGGGGAAGGAGUGAAAGAGUGGUUAACAGACAGCGAGCAUGACCGACGCCGAGGCGCAGAGCGCUCCACUUUCGGCAGCGGUUGAGGAGGAUAAAUCCCAGCCGGAAAGGAAAGUCAUAGCCACUUUGGUCCAAGGCACAGUGAAAUGGUUCAAUGUACGUAAUGGCUAUGGCUUCAUAAACAGGAAUGACACUAAAGAAGAUGUGUUUGUUCAUCAGACUGCCAUCAAGAAGAACAAUCCCAGGAAGUUCCUCCGCAGCGUUGGAGAUGGGGAGGUCGUAGAGUUUGAUGUGAUUGAAGCAGCAAAGGGUUCAGAGGCGGCCAAUGUGACGGGCCCGGGUGGUGUUCCUGUCAAAGGGAGCCGCUACGCACCCAACAAACGGCGCUUCCGUCGACGGUUCUUCCCCCGUAGCCCUCGGCCCGAUGACCAGAGUACACCUGCUGAUGGCCAAGCCCCCGCUGUUGAGGGUGAGGGGUCAGGGGAGAGUGACGGAACGAGACCACCACCACAGCAGCAGCGUCGUCGUAGGCCACCGAGGCCACGACAGGAUGUACAAGAUGGGGAGUCUGAAGAGCAAAGGAAUGAUGUAGCAGAGGGCAACCAAAUGCAGCGGCCAACACGGCGCAGGUUCUGGCGUCCAUAUCGCAGACCAUUUCGGCCUCGGCCAAAAUCCGAUCAGGCUGCGGAUGACCAGCAGGUUGCAGCUGUAGAUCAGGUUGAGGAGCAGGGUGAAGAGAAGCAGUCCGAUCCCACCAAGGACCCACAGACUAACGGAGAAGCCGAUGAAGGCCAGAAACAACGGCGCCCCUCAAGACGCCGCAGGCAAAGGACUUCUGAGUCGUCUGCCUCGAAAAAUGAUACAGAGAAGUCUGCGUCAGAGCCUGGUACCCCACCUCAGAAUUCAAAACCAGGCGACCUGAAAUCGGCAUUGAAAUCUCCAAAGGUCUCUCCUAAAGCCUCUCCCAAAUCCCCUCCUGAAAUGUCCAAAUCACCUGAGGCAGCUGCCACAACAGUCCCAGCACCUACAGAGUGACAUCAAUGAGAGGGACAGUCAUGUGACCCUUGGCAAGAGGUCCGAGGGUUGGAGGGGCUGUCUGGAACUAUUUCAGAACAUGCGCACUGCUCUCCCCUCCCUGCACUCCUCCAUACUCCAACCCUCCUCAUCCCACUGUCCUCCCCUCAGGCCUUCCCCCCCCUCAUCUUGUAUUGUCUCGUCUAGACACUUGACGUUUGGUAGGGAAGAAUUUAGAUCCUGUAGGGUGCAUAGAAAUGAUUAGAAUUUAGAAAUGAAAGUACAUCUUCAAAAAGGAAACUGGACAAUCUGCUUGACAGCCCAGUUGUUCCACCCCCUUUAAAAUACUAUUUUUCUUUGAUUAGAUUGGGCUCAUCAAGUAGUUUAGAGGAACCUACCUUGAUUUUUAUUUAACUUAAUUUGGUUGAAGAGGGGGAAACCAAGCAGGUGUGAGGCUGGUGGUGCAUUAUGGGAGUCAGUUUAGUUCCAUUACACCUCAGUCGCGUUAAACAUGUAACUCCCUUCAUUUUCCUCAGUUGAGGAUAUGUUGAAAAACUCAUUUUAGUUUUACUUAUUUGUGCUUUUUUUUUUUUUUGAAGGGGAUAACGUGCAAUCUUGUUGCUUAAAAAUGCUAAUUAAUAAAUCAUGUGUGCAAAUCUCAA